AUGAGGCUCCGCAGCGGCACGGCGCUCACGCUGCUGCUCGGCUGCCUGUGCGCGCUGCUCUCGCUCUCCUGGUACGGCGCCUUCGGCGGGCACAAAGGUGACAUUGUGGACAUCUACCAGCGGGAGUUCCUCGCGCUCCGGGACCGGCUUCACGCAGCUGAGCAGGAGAGCCUGAAGCGCUCCAAGGAGCUCAACCUGGUCCUGGAGGAGAUCAAGAGAGCACUGUCAGAGAAGCAGGCCCUGCGGGACAUAAACCGCACCUGGAGCAGCUUAUCUGACGAAACCAAGUUAAAACUGUGGAAUAUCACCAACAAGAAUGUGCUGCACCUUCCCACCAUCUUCCAUCAUUUGCCACAUUUGCUGUCAAAGGAGAACAGUCUGCAGCCAGCCGUGCAUGUGGGACAGGGGCGCACUGGAGUGUCCGUGGUGAUGGGAAUCCCCAGUGUGAAGCGGGAGGUGCAUUCCUACCUGACCGACACCCUCAACUCCCUCAUCUCAGAGCUCACCCAGCAGGAGAAGGAGGACUCCGUCAUCGUUGUCCUCAUUGCUGAGACGGAUCCACAGUACACAGCUGGAGUGGCAGAAAACAUCAAAAACUUAUUCCCCAAGGAAAUACACUCGGGUCUCCUGGAGGUAAUUUCCCCAUCUCCACAUUUCUAUCCUGAUUUCUCCCACCUGCGGGAAUCCUUUGGAGACCCCAAGGAAAGAGUCAGGUGGAGGACAAAGCAGAACCUGGACUACUGCUUUUUAAUGAUGUAUGCCCAGUCCAAAGGCAUUUAUUAUGUGCAGCUGGAGGAUGAUAUUGUGGCCAAACCAAACUAUCUCAGCACAAUGAAGAACUUUGCCUUGCAGCAGCCCUCUGAGGAGUGGAUGAUCCUGGAGUUCUCUCAGCUGGGGUUCAUUGGAAAAAUGUUCAAGUCUCUGGAUCUGAGCUUGAUUGUGGAGUUCAUCCUGAUGUUCUAUAAGGACAAGCCCAUUGACUGGCUGCUGGAUCACAUCCUCUGGGUGAAAGUCUGCAACCCAGAGAAAGAUGCAAAACACUGCGACAGGCAGAAGGCAAACCUGAGGAUCCGCUUCAAGCCCUCACUCUUCCAGCACGUGGGAACCCACUCCUCCUUGGCUGGGAAGAUACAGAAGCUGAAGGACAAGGACUUUGGAAAACAGGCACUGCGGAAAGAGCACGUCAACCCUCCUGCUGAGGUGAGCACCAGCCUGAAAACCUACCAGCACUUCACCUUGGAGAAGGCUUACCUGCGGGAGGACUUCUUCUGGGCCUUUACUCCCACUGCCGGGGACUUCAUCCGAUUCCGAUUCUUCAAACCGCUCCGUAUCGAAAGGUUCUUCUUUCGCAGCGGGAACAUUGAGCACCCAGAAGACAAACUCUUCAACACGACCGUGGAGGUUCUGCCGUUUGACAGUCUACAGUCAGAUAAGGAAGCCUUGCAGGAGGGAAGAGGCACAGUCAUCAAAUACCACAGGACAGCGGAUGGCUACAUCCAGAUAGGCUCGUUCUCCAAGGGUGUCGCAGAGGGUGAGGUGGAUCCAUCUUUUGGGCCACUGGAGGCCUUCAGGCUGUCCAUCCAGACUGACUCCCCGGUGUGGAUCAUCCUGAGCGAGAUUUUUAUCAAAAAAGCAGAGUGAAACAGGCGUGAGGCA